CGACAUCCCAGCCCAGCCUCGUGUUAUCUUAUCCCCACCUUCUACUCAUCAAAACCGGCCUUCAGUCCUCAACAUCAACAUGGACAAGGAGAAGAUCGCCAAGCUCCAGGCUCAGGUCCGCAUCGGUGGCAAGGGUACCCCCCGCCGCAAGGUCGUCAAGAAGUCGGUGACUGCCUCGCAGGGUGACGACCGCAAGCUCCAGGCUGCUCUCAAGAAGCUUGGUGUCCAGCCCAUCACCGGUGUUGAGGAGGUCAACAUGUUCAAGGAGGACGGCAACGUGCUUCACUUCGCUGCCCCCAAGGUCGCUGUCCACGCUGCCCUCCCCUCCAACACCCUCGCCAUCUACGGCCAGGGCCAGACCAAGGAGCUUACCGAGCUCGUCCCCGGUAUCCUCAACCAGCUUGGCCCCGACUCGCUCGCCAACCUCCGUCGCCUGGCCGAGUCUUACCAGACCCUUACCGCCCGCCAGGCUGCUGCCUCUGGCGAGAAGAAGGAGGGUGAGGUCGCCGGUGACGACGACGAGAUCCCCGACCUGGUGGAGAACUUUGACGAGGCCGAGAAGAAGGACGAGGUCGCUGCCGACCAGCUCGACUAAGUACGGCAAGCUUGCCGUCGUCGGUUAGAUGCAGGGAGAUAUGGACGGCGCCGACAGCACAUAGGCGCCGGAGAUCAAGCGCAUUGUACACAGUACAACAUGAAGCUUUGCAACAGA